UUCUAGGCCGAUUUUUCUUUAGUAGAGCGGAAUGAAAGGCUAAUAGAUGGGCGUGUGAUUGUACUCUUCUGACCACACCCACCUAUAACAAAUGGCUGCUGCUGCUCCUGCUAAAAGACCACAGUUAUACAAAGCUUUGGACAAGUGUAUCAACAGAGGCAGGUUCAAUGGAUGGUGGUCACUAUUGCUACUCCCCUACACACCGUUUGGACUGCUACUGAUUGGACUGAGACUGUGUAUGAGUCUACAGGUCAUUCUAAUGCUCCUUCUGGUGCCAGACGGGAAACUUAAGAGGUUUAUGUUGCGGAUAUCGUUAGCUAUACUCGGCAUAAUUGUAACUACUGAAGGAAAGAACAAAACCCCUAAGGUGUUUGUCGCUAAUAGACUAUCUUAUAUUGACAAUAUAGUACUUCAUUUGUCAGCCAGCUGUGAAACAAUAACCCUUGAGGGGACUCCGCCUUACCCUGUCACAUUCCUGUUCAGUCAUCGGAGUCUAAACAACACAGACGAUGACUCAUUAUCUGACCUACUGUCAUCAGAACUGAAUGGUUGUGUGGACUAUACUCCACUAGCAGUUCAACCCGAACCAUCCCCUACAAAUGGCUCUGCUGUUCUAAAGCUCAGGUCAUGGCCUUUCAUGAUUGGGUGCUCUAUUCAGCCGCUAGCAAUCUCUGCCUACAGACUGUGGCCUGUUGCAAUUACCAGGGCAAGCAGCUCAGGAUGGUGGGAUUUGUUCUGGACCUUGUUCGUACCCUUUACAUUCUUUCAUAUCAGAUUUCUGGAGAGCUCUGAGAUUAGUGAGGAAGAAAGCGUUGAAGACUUUGCUGUAAGGACACAGAGAGAUCUCGCUACUGGCCUCAAGAUUAGGGCCCUGGUUGCUGGGAGAGAUGACAUUGACAAAUGGCUGAAAGAUCCGCCCCAGCUGGUUGUGCCAGUUACCCAGCGCCCACCAAGCAUGCCCAAUGGACCAGUGAUCCCUAUCUCAGAGUACAAACAGAUGAGCAGAGGGGCAGAGGGAGCGACUGCUUCUCCUCAGGCAUCCCCAGAGAUUGAGGCCAUGGUACAGCAGGUCACUGCAGUCAUGCCACAUGUGCCACACAAUGCCAUUAGGCAAGAUCUGUUGUCAACAAGGAGUGUAGAUAUGACCAUUACUAACAUUAUUGAGGGGCGUGUCAAGUACACAUCCAUCCCCACCCUCCACGAGACCACUGACAGAGCCAGUGUUAGCAGUGGGGCCAAUGUUAGCGGUGGAGUGUCGUCAUCAAGCAGUCUGUUUGGGGGGAGCAGGUCGAGGUCAGUUCAUCUCUCACUACAGAGACAAAUGUCACUGGACGAAAGGAAGAAACUUUUAUUGGAGCAAUCUAGAAAGAGAUACGUCGAGAAACAAGGACAUCCAUGACUAUUCUCCAGGACAUUAUUUCAUGUUUAGGCAUAACCAGUGUUCUAUGAAUCAUAAAAAAUGUAUUUUAAUUUAUGGUAAAGAUCAUCGCUGUAACCUUUA